CUGGAACCGUUACCACUCUCAGAGUCUGUUUUUGAUAGUAAGAUUGCACACACUGAGAACUCUUUGGCUUCUGUAAUCAGAUUCCAGUGCAAUUGCUUUGGAGCUAAUAUCAAUUGAUAUCAGCUUUUGAAUGAGACAUGACUGUGGAAAUAUUUCACAAUGGGGGGUGUAAUUGGUAAAGCUGCAAAUGGAAUUGGAGGUGUUAUUGGAAGUGCAUUUGCAGCUCCAGUCAAGACUAUCUUUGGUGCAUCAUGCGAGGGUGUUUGUUCAGGACCAUGGGAUGUAGUAUGUUUCAUUGAGCAUUUAUGUGUCUCCAACCUGUUGAAACUGCUAAUGAUCUUGGUCCUUUGCUACAUAAUGUUGUUGUUCUUCUACUUAUUGUUCAAGUUGGGGAUCUGCCAAUGCAUAGUAAGAAGCCUUUGUAAGAUGUGUUGGGCAGCAUGUGAGACAUAUUUUUUUUCUUUAGAAGACAUUAGCUGUUUCUUGUGGCACAAGUUAAAGAAUACCAAGAGGAUAAAUCGCCGGCGUAGGCGCCAUUUUCAAGAUGUUGAAUUAGGGUACAGUUCAAGUGAUGAAAGUGAUUUUUUAGAUAACUAUCAUCAUCUAAAUGUCAGUAGAAAGCAAAAGUCGGUCAGAGAGAGAAGAAAAGAUCGGCUUCGGAGAUCUCUCUACCCUUCAAGUAGGCAUAGUGGACACUGUCACAAUCACCAUCAUGUAAGGUUGAAGACUGGGGAAGUAUCUGUUCAUGUUAGGGGCAGAUCUCAAAGAUUAAGGAGCUCAAGACAAUUUCAAUUGAGUAAGGUAAGAAAUGUUCGAAAAGAUGCUGGGAUUUUCAAGAGGAGACGGUUUAAAUGAUCAUAUCAUGGUUGGAGAUACUGCUUUGGUUUGUAGCAGUCUUUAAAAUUGAAGUAAUUAUAAAAUUUUUGACUUAACAAAUGCAAUUUCUAGUUUAGAGUGUCUGUGUCAGUGUAAGAAUUACAAGGUCAACCCUCUCUCCUGGGCUUCGUUUUGUGAUUUUGUCUUAAGGCCUAAAGGCACAACAAGGUGUUUUUGGGGGGGGG